AUGGCUAUUACAGCUGAUCACAUCCGGGAUAAACUGACCAAGGAGCUCGCAGCAAUACACGUGGUACACAACGCUCUACCGCCCAAGAUGGGUCCAAACUCUAAACCUGUGUGUUUCCUCAGGCUGGUGAACACGUGCCUGGCCGAGGAGCUGAAAGAGAUCCACGCUUUUGAACAGAAAACUCUCACACCGGAACAGUGGGAGAAACAGAAAGCACAAUGACACACUCAUCACACUCUCACACAGGCUCUGAUAUUGUGAUAUUUAGAAAGAAUACAAGCACUGUCUAUAAAUCGGUAAUAUUAUUAUAAAUGCAAUGAAAUCUUCAGCUGACAAUAAAACACUUGGCUUCUG